AAAGGGGGGGGGGGGGGUGAAAUUGUAUUUGGGGCCCCAUUUAUGUUUGAGCCGGCACUGCAUUUACUACAAAUGUUUGGUCAUCUAUCUAUGCCAGUGGCGUAUAGUGACAGACACAACAAUCAAAUGGUCUUCCACUAGAUGGCAGAAGGUACUUUUUGUGACAGCCAUAUAAAAUGUUUGCAUUUGCUCAGUCAACACUGCUUGAUAACAUCAUUUGUGGAAGGCAAAUAGGAAAUGCAGGAGUUAGUAAGACUCCCGGAAGAGUACUGUAUUGUAGUUUUGAUAAGUCGUAAGAUAGCCAUUUUCUCCCAAUAUAGAAAAAAAAACCACACUAUUAUGCUAUUUAAUUCACAAUACAACAACAUUGAACAGCAACAAAAGGGCCAGUUGACUUCAAGUGAGCGUGUAAUGUGUGAGUGUGAGUGACAGUCAGCUGAUGGAAGAAGGGUGGUGAGGGGAAAGCCCCCAAUCCCGAUUCCCCAUUCCGAUUCCCUCCCCUUCUUCCUUCGUGUGCGGAGCUCCGGAGCAUCCCGGAAAGAAACCAGCCGACGUCGGAGGAGGACGCCUGGGUAGCAGACAACCUCUCACAGUCACCCCUCGUGGGACCCGCACAAGGUGGAGAAAGCAGACCCUCCAAGCGGCCAAACACGUAACAAAGACUCCUCGCUGCUGUUGCGCAGCAUCCUAAACUUGGACACUUGCCCGCCUCUCCUAAGCAGGACUAUCCCGCUUUCUCUACCGCGGCUGUGUCAACUUCCUCCAGCGGAUGUGGAAGUAGCCUCUUGUCUGAUGUUUUCUCCCGUCACUUGAACUCACCUCACGACGAUGGCGGUCAAGUGAAAGUGACGCCGAGGAAGGAGCCACAGCGGGCGGGCGGGGGCGAAAGCCAUGCGGAGUCGUCGGUGAGGAACCGCGGCUGACCGGAGAGGAUGGCGGGAGGCAACCGGGAGCUGCCGGUCACCUCCUCCCCGGCGGUGGCGGCCAACGCGGAGGGAGAGGAGAUCGAAGUGUUGGAGAGCACCGACGUUCUUCCCGUGGCUCCCGAAGACAAAUGGAAGGAGCUCUUUGACAAGUACGACCCGGACAGUUCGGGCUUCAUCAGCACAGAGCGCUUCAGGGACCUGUUGGCGACGCAUGGCUCCGAGCUCGACCCCCACAAGCUCGAAGUCCUAUUGGCCCUCGCUGAUGGUAACUCUGAUGGAAAGAUCUGCUACCAGGACUUUGUCAACCUGAUGAGCAACAAGCGCUCUAAUAGUUUCCGGAGGGCAAUCCUGCAGGGGGGCAGGCACCUCAAAGGCAGCAGUCUGCGGGAUGAGGUCGGUCUGGGUCUUUCUCAGCGCCUGGUCCGACACGUCGCUUACGAGACGUUGCCGCGCGAAGUGGAUCGCAAGUGGUACUUUGACAGCUACAACUACUGGCCCCCGCCCUGGCUGAUUCUGACCAUCACCAUUCUUGAGGUAUUCGUUUUCUUUUAUUAUGGCUGUCAUCUGGAUCGGCUGGUUCUGCAAGUGUCCAGCCCAUCAUUCCUUAAGAGUCCGCUACCUUACCACCCCCAGCUCCGGGCCCAGGCCUGGAGAUACCUCACCUACAUUUUCAUGCACACCGGGAUUGAACACCUGAGCCUGAACAUGGCCAUGCAGCUGCUGGUGGGCGUCCCUCUGGAGAUGGUCCACGGGGUGGUGAGGAUUGGACUGGUCUACGGGUGUGGCGUGCUGGCAGGCUCUCUGGCGGUGUCCGUGACUGACAUGACGGCUCCCGUGGUGGGCUCAUCUGGAGGGGUGUACGCCCUGGUGUCUGCACACCUGGCCAAUGUAGUCAUGAACUGGUCUGGCAUGAAGUGUCAGUUUAAAUUAUUCCGGAUGGCCAUGGCUCUGGUGUGCAUGAGUGUGGAAUUUGGCCGGGCGGUGUGGCUCCGCUUCUACCCGCCAGCCUUUCCUCCUUGCCCCAACCCCAGCUUCGUAGCGCACCUGGGCGGGGUGAUGGUGGGGCUCACGCUGGGUGUGGUGGUCCUGCAGAACUACGAGCAGCGGCUCCAGGAGCAGUCCCUCUUUUGGAUCUUUUUCUGCGUCUACACCUUGUUUGUGCUCUGCGCCGUAUUCUGGAACAUCUUCGCCUACAGCUUGCUCGACGUGCGGUUGCCCCCGCCACCGUGACACCCGUUCGUCCUUCUGUCGGUCAAGCAGACGACUCCCCUUGAAUGCGGGAUCAGUCGCAGUGGUUGACCUGAUCUUCAUCCUACGGCCAGUGCGAGGAUGCUGCAACGCAAAUGUCCCUUUUCUGCAUUUUCAUUCACUUGCUGCAUUUCUAGAAGCCUUACAAUACCUCUGCAUGUAAAAUCAUGUGACCACACCUAAUCCUCAUCGUCCCUUACAUAGCAGUCUAAAAAAUGUGAAGCCGGAAGGAAGUCCGCCACUAUUUGUCGUACCAAUUCUAUAAUAUAAUAUAAUGUUCAGUGCAACUAGAAUUUCACGCAUCGUAGAACUUCCCUGAGACAAACCGUCGGCAAAAGUGGAGAAAACAAAAGUCAAUCCUGCAAUAUUCCGCCUUCUGAGGUAGUAUCAGAGCCGUAACAGGCAGCGAUUCAGCAGACGUGUAUAAGCUUGAAGAUUUGUUCACGUGACAAAGAGACAUCUAGACAUUUCACCCACGUCUUCAAACCUUCUUUUACAUCCAGUAAAAGCUGGCAUCUACACGCCUUUUUCCUCUGGUGCCAUUCUGUACGAGGACAGCACAUUGGAUAAGGUCAUAAUACUUUGUUCUUAAUUUGUUUUUAUUUUUGACCCUAGAAUUUUUUAUUGUUUUAUUUUUUUUAAAUCUCCAUUUGUCGACAUAGUCUCUGCUCCUUGCUGCACUCAACCCAAUGGUGCCUACUCAUGAAACUCUGAAAGUAUGUCUGUGCAACUCUUCCUUUUGUUGUCAUUGUGCGCUUGAAGGUUCAGUUUAAAUGUUAUGGUCUAUUAUGUCAGUGUCCCAAUAAAACAUGCUUUUUUUAUUUUUAUUUUUUUGUCUAAAAAGAAAAAAAAUAAUAAUACUAAUUUGGAGGAGUUUUCCAUUGCACAUCAGCGAUAAGCGUUAGGCUACUGUAAGAUGCAACAUUAUGGUAAAUUUCAAGUUCAUAGGAGAUAACAGUUCCGUUUUAUCUUCAGGCUUCUUUGUACUCAAUAUUAUCUGAACCGCUUACAUGUGUCUUUGACUUUUUGUGUAGCAACUGCACCAAAAUGUGUGUAUACAGCUCAAUACACAAGCACAAGUGCCAUUCAGAAUUGUAAGUUUUUAGACAUGAUGCCAAACUGUUGUGUUUAGAGAUUGUGAAAGUCAGCAAAGAUGUUUUAAUAUUGAUGGUGACCUACUAUCUGUAUUGUUACAACCAAAACAAACAAGAGCACACAAGUGUGACUUGACUGUCGAAACUAGUGUCGGUUCACACUUAAGUAUGUCACGAUGAAAAAGUGCGAAAAGAAAUAACUACUCUGUCUGUCCUUGUCAAAGCAUAAUACAGUUGUGUAAUUGACUUGAGCUGUCAACUGUACUGUACUUGUAACCUCGUUACUCUGGUAACUGCUUUGGACACCUGAUUAUUGUGUAUUUAAACAGAUUAAUGUGUUUGCUGUUUUUACUCUGAGGUAUUGGUAUGUUGUGUGCAUUGUGUGGUCUGUCUGCAUUGUGUAUAAAUCUUGUAUGCAUCCCAUUUAAAAGUGAGUUAAAAAUAGUCUGCCUAUGUAUUGUCAGGGCUGUGAUAUAACUAAUAUAAUACUAAUAUUUUAACAUUGUGGAUAUUUUGUAGAUAUGUACAACCCCAAUUCCAAUGAAGUUGGGACGUUGUGUUAAAUAAAAACAGAAUACAAUGAUUUGCAAAUCAUGUUCAACCUAUAUUUAAUUUAAUACACUACAAAGACAAGAUAUUUAAUGUUCAAACUGAUCAACUUUAUUGUUUUUAGUAAAUAAUCAUUAACUUAGAAUUUUAUGGCUGCAACAGGUUCCAAAAAAGCUGGGACAGGGUCAUGUUUACCACUGUGUUACAUCACCUUUUCUUUUAACAACAUUCAAUAAACAUUUGGGAACUGA